AUGUCUAGGGCCUCUGGAGGCCACUGGUGUGUCCUCACAGCCGUCUGCACUCUGAUGUGGGGAGUUUACUUCAUAUACGACCUCCCGGCAUCACUAUCAACUCCGUUGCAAGUACAUUUAGGUCUUUCUGAUUCGAAAUAUGCCUACCUUGUAUCCGCGCUGUAUACCGCAUACGCGGCUCCAAAUUCGAUCCUCCCCUUCUUCUCCGGACCCCUCGUGCAGCGCUUCGGCGAGAAAUUCGCUCUUUUGCUGACACUCACGAGUGUGGUUUUCGGGCAGUUGAUAUUUGUACUCGCCGUGCAGAUACGGUUCCAGUCGGGAAUGAUCCUAGGCCGGAUCUUGCUCGGGCUUGGGGCUGAGGUUAUGGGGGUAUUGGGAACUGAGGUUACCACGCGGUGGUUCAGAGAUAAGCGCCUCUCGCUGGCAUUGGCGAUGAACCUCGCAUCGUGGAGACUAGGCAGUGUUACCAAUUCGAUUCUCGUUCCGCAGCUGGCCAAGGUCCAUGGUGUUGUUGCUGCGGGGUGGAUGGGCACUGUACUCGCGCUUGGGGUAUCGAUUCUGAGUGCGACUUACCUGGUGUCUAUCAGGGACUCUGUGAGUACAGAAACAGACGACGAAGAAGAAGGAGACGUAGGAAGAAGAGAACGAGAUUUCAGCAUUCUCACCUUACUCUCCAAAUGUCCCUGGAUAUUCUGGCAGCUAGGACUUAUCUGUAUGCUGGGAUACGGCGGCAUCAACACAUUUACAAACUCAGCGCAGCGAUUCCUCGCGUCUACGUUCUAUGGAGGUGAUCAGCGCGCUGCUGGUUCGGCGACAAGUAUUCCAUAUAUUCUAUCAAGCGCUCUCGUUCCUCCAUUGGGCCUUUUGCUGGAUCUACCAUUAUUCAAUCACUAUCCCGCUGCUCUAACCAUUACUAGUUUGCUAACGUUCUUUGCGCAUCUACUAUUUCUAACCAGCACUGGCAUUGGACCAGUUCCCCCACUGUGUUUACUGGGCAUUGCAUAUGCGCUUUCCGGGGUUGCAUUCUGGACCAGUCUCACACAAUGUCUUAUCUUUGUAGGCAAGACUUGGUCUGCUGUAAAAGGCAGAGGGAUAGUGCAAGAUGCGCCCGACAGAGGGUAUGGGACGAUCGACGCGAAUCAAGACAGCAACAACUCUGAAAACGCUCAGGAAGUGAUCACGUUCGGAUUCGGGGUCAUGACGAGUCUCAUGAACUUGGCUUCCGGGGCUGUCCCAAUUCUCCUCGCUGGUGCAGAGAAUAUCGCCGGAUAUGCUGGUUUGGAAAUGGUCUUUCUUGCACUUGCGGGUUUUGGAUGUCUGGCUUCGGCGCAGUUGGCGUGGAUGUGGAAUGAUAUUUAG